AAGAUAUUAUUUGGAUGAUCACAUGAUCUGUGUACAAGUUCCAGUUAUAUACAUCUGGUGGGGUCACCUUAGGCUGCUAAUUUUGCACGUAUGUAAUUCCUGUUUGGCUUCUUAUGAUUGGAUCUACUAAGUUGCUUGGAUGACUUCAGGUCUCUGAAUCUGGGAUUUUUUUAGUAAACACACAUUAUUGCAGCUUAUCAUCAUUUCUCUUUGUCUAUACAUAAGUAGUUAAGUACUGUAAGAUAAAACAUAAUUUGUGAUUCGCCAUUGUAGUACUGACUCUGAAGCCAGUUUACUACAAUGGAUACCAAGAUUAUUGUCCCUCCAUGCAGUCCCCUCCUGGACAAAGCCGAAACAGAAAAAGCUUCAGUGGUUCACCAGCGAUCCAUCAAGGGUCUGUGUUCUCUUCUUUUAGUGUCAACCUUGUUAGUAUUGCUUUUUGUCCAACAAGGACCAAGGAUUACUAGGAAUGGUGAAAAUGAUCUUAAUUUGAAAUCGCUGGAGCAAGCAUGGAGAUGGGUGUCGAAAGAGAUCACAUUAGAUGUAUCCGGUGAAAGAGUGAAGGCUUAUCCGUGGACCAAUGAUAUGUUAUCUUGGCAGAGAACUUCUUAUCAUUUUCAACCUCAAAAGAACUGGAUGAAUGAUCCUAAUGGUCCAUUGUUUCACAUGGGAUGGUACCAUUUCUUCUACCAGUACAAUCCUAAUUCUGCUGUCUGGGGAAACAUUACCUGGGGCCAUGCUGUAUCGAAGGAUCUCAUCAACUGGUUCCAUCUUCCCAUCGCUAUGGUCCCUGAUAAUUGGUAUGAUAUCGCUGGUGUUUGGACUGGCUCUGCCACCAUCCUCCCAGAUGGUCAGAUUAUUAUGCUCUACACAGGAAAGACUGCCAAUCUCACUGAGGUCCAAAACUUAGCCUAUCCUGCAAACCUUUCAGAUCCUCUCCUCCUGGAAUGGGUCAAGCAUCCGGGUAAUCCGGUUAUGGUUCCACCACCCGGCAUAGGUUUUAAGGAUUUUAGGGAUCCCACCACUGCCUGGCUUGGCCCGGAUGGAAUGUGGCGGAUCACUAUUGGAUCAAAAAUUAACAACAAUGGUUUAUCGCUCGUAUAUAAAACUGCCAAUUUUACUGAAUUUGAGCUUUCAGAUGAGCUGUUACAUGAGGUUCCUGGUUCCGGUAUGUGGGAAUGUAUUGAUUUUUACCCGGUGUCACUGGCCAGCACAGAUGGAUUGGACACUUCAGCUAAUGGGGCGGGUGUAAAACACGUGUUGAAAGCAAGUUUGGAUCAGUAUAUGCAGGAUUAUUAUGCAAUAGGAACCUAUGAUCCAAUGAGCGACAAGUGGACACCCGAUGACCCGAAGGCAGAUGUUGGCCUUGGCCUGCGGGUGGAUGAUGGGCAAUUCUAUGCAUCCAAGACAUUUUAUGACCAAAAUAAGAAGAGACGGAUCAUUUGGGCUUGGGUUGGUGAAAGUGAUAGUGAAUCUACUGACGUUUUGAAGGGAUGGGCAUCUCUUCAGGCCAUUCCAAGAACAAUUGUAUUUGAUAAAGAAACUGGAACCAAUAUACUUCAAUGGCCAGUGGAGGAAGUAGAGAGCUUGAGAUCAGUAAGUUAUGAUUUUGACAAGCUCAAGCUUGGACCAGGAUCAGUUUUGCCACUUAAUAUUGGCUCAGCCACACAGUUGGACAUAGUUGCUACAUUUGAGAUAGAUGAAGAAGCAUUACAAAGUACAGUAGAAGCUAAUGAGGAUUACAACUGCAGCUCAAGUGGUGGUGCCAGUCGAGGGGUUCUUGGACCAUUUGGCAUUUUAGUUCUUGCAGACGAACCAUUGUCCGAGUUAACUCCUGUUUACUUUUACAUUAGUAAAGGAACUGAUGGGAUUGCCAAAACUCAUUUUUGUGCUGAUCAAUCACGAUCUUCAACUGCUUCUGAUGUUGGAAAGCUGAUAUAUGGAAGUGAUGUUCCUGUGCUCAAUGGUGAAAAACUGUCAAUGAGGUUAUUGGUUGAUCAUUCGAUUGUAGAAAGUUUUGCACAAGGAGGAAGAAAGGUGAUAACAUCGCGGGUCUAUCCAACAAAAGCAAUAAAUGGAGGAGCAAAACUAUUUGUGUUUAACAAUGCUACGGGAGUGAGUGUAACAGCAUCAGUAAAAGCCUGGCAAAUGAUUUCUGCAAACUCGGUUCCUUUUCCACAAAAUGGCGAUCACUUGUAACGGAGCUCUCCUUUAUCACCACAUGUAAGAUAAAUGAGGUAGUUAAGGACUUGAGGCCAAGCAAACAGUGGGGUGAAUUUAUGCAUUCUACUUCAACACUAGAGAUUUGUCAUGGAAUUAAAUUAUUAAAUUUUUGGUAGUUGAUACGUUUUUUAGAUUA